CCUCUCUGUGGGCAGGGCAAUCUUCCUUGGACUGACAAGGCUGCGGUGCUCAGGGGAGGUCAGCCACAGUCAGGAAUAGUCAACGGGUCCAGCUGUCCCUGCACCAUGAGUGUCUCUGUGCUGAGCUUCACCAGACCCCUGGACGGUGUCUCUGGGCUCCUGCAAGUGGCCUCCCUGCUAGGCUUCACCCUGCUGUUGCUCAAGGCAGCACAGCUCUACCUGCGCAGGCAGUGGUUGCUCAAAGCGGUCCAGCACUUCCCGUCCCCUCCUUCCCACUGGCUCUUUGGGCACAUCCAGGAGUUCCAAGAUGGCCAAGAGCUACAAGGGCUUCAGAAAAGGGCAGAGAAAUACCCGUGCGCCAGUCCUCGCUGGCUGUGGGGGAGCAAAGUUACCCUUGAAGUCUAUAACCCGGACUACAUGAAGGUGAUCCUGGGGCGAUCAGACCCAAAGCGUCAUGACUCCUCCAGAUUCCUGGCUCCCUGGAUAGGGUACGGUUUGCUCCUGUUGAAUGGGCAGAGGUGGUUCCAGCACCGGCGGAUGCUGACCCCAGCCUUCCACUAUGACAUCCUGAAGCCCUACAUGCGGCUCAUGGCCGACUCUGUCCAUGUGAUGCUGGACAAGUGGGAGGACCUCAUCAGACAGAACUCAUAUCUGGAGAUUUUUGAGCAUGUCUCCUUGAUGACCUUGGACACCAUUAUGAAGUGUGCCUUCAGCUACCAGGGCAGCCAGCAAGCAGACAGGGCAGAAGUCUCCUUCCAUCAAGGCCCUUCUGCAUCCUCCCGAUUUAGGAUCUCCCAGUCCUACAUCCAGGCCAUUCAAGACCUGAGCAACCUGUUUUUCUCCCGAGUGAGGAAUGCUUUCCACCAGAAUGACAUCAUCUAUAAGCUGACCCCUGAAGGCCGCUGGAACCACCGGGCCUGCCAGCUAGCCCAUCAACACACAGACCGAGUGAUCAAGCUGAGGAAGGCUCAGCUGCAGGAGGAGGGAGAGCUGGAGAAGGUCAGGAGCAAGAGGCACUUGGACUUCCUGGACAUCCUCCUCUUUGCCAGAAUGGAGGACGGCAGCAGCUUGUCUGACAAGGACCUCCGUGCCGAAGUGGACACGUUCAUGUUUGAGGGCCAUGACACCACAGCCAGUGGCAUCUCCUGGAUCCUCUAUGCCCUGGCCACACACCCUGAGCAUCAGCAAAUGUGCCGGCAGGAGAUCCAGAUCCUGCUGGGGGAUGGUGCCUCCAUCACCUGGGACCACCUAGACAAGAUGCCCUACACUACCAUGUGCAUCAAGGAAGCACUGCGACUCUAUCCGCCAGUUCCAGGCAUUGGAAGAGAGCUCAGCAAGCCCAUCAGCUUCCCUGAUGGACGGUCCUUGCCCAAAGGAUUCCCAGUGUCCCUCUCCAUUUAUGCCCUUCACCACAACCCGAAUGUGUGGCCAAACCCAGAGGUGUUUGACCCUUCACGGUUUGCACCGGGUUCUGCCCGACACAGCCAUGCUUUCUUGCCCUUCUCAGGAGGAGCAAGGAACUGCAUCGGGAAGCAGUUUGCCAUGAGCGAGAUGAAGGUGGCGGUGGCCCUGACCCUGCUCCGCUUUGAGCUGGCGCCAGAUCCUUCCAGGGUCCCUGUUCCCUGGCCAAGAAUUGUGUUGAGGUCCAAGAAUGGGAUCCACCUGCAUCUCAGGAAGCUCCUCUAAAAUCUGUGCAGACAAGGAUGAGCCCGAGAACCUCCUGCCUACCAUCUUGUCUUCCUGUCUGUGUCUCCUGUCCCCUGUCUUCUGCCUCCCUCACAACCUCCAUGAUCUCCCCCUCUUUCCCAUCAGACUGUCUGCCC